UGGGAAGGAGAUGACCAAGGAAGCGACGUCUCCAGGAAAGGGACGCGGCCCUCUGUCCACACAGUGGUCGGAAGUGUUUCCGCUCUGCUCACCUGUCCGCUCACCUGAGAUGCUGUGCACUCCCAGCCUGAAUGCCGAGGUCUUACUGGACCGGUUAAAAUAGGAUGUCAACAAGUGACGCAGCAGAGCUGGAGCUCAGAGUUGGAGGAGGAGGAGGAGGAGAGACAGAGACGCCUCAGUGCGCCGCAGCAAGCCCUGCAGGGACCACCACCACAAGCGAACACCAAGGCACAUCCGUUGGCCGAUUCCCACACGCAAACCAGUAUUGUGGUAAAACAGCAGCUGAGCAUCACCCACCAGCCUUCAGACAGGAAGAGAAUCAUGAAGUGCUGACAUCACCAGCUGAGAGUCUAAGGAAGGACAAGGCUUAUCGUUGGGGUCAUUCAGAGGUCCAGUUCGAGAUCUCUGCUGAUUCCAUCUUCAUCACCAGGGUCUUUCUGAGACUCUCCAAACCAAAACUGAGACUAGAGAAUACAUUAGAGCCGUGGCUGGGCCAACAUCCCAGUUUGGUUGAGUUACGGUCAGCUGAGACCAACCACAGCACCUUACAGGUUAAUGGAAAAACUUCAUCCAACUCCUCCAUAGAGACAACCAGCUUAUCUCCAUCAUCAGAGACUAUUCUGUUUCCUGCCAAGAAGAAAGAAGAACUCAUCAAAGUUGUUAACCAUGAUCUGGGGAUUACCAGAAACCUGAGCAGAACCCACUUUCUUUCUAAUGGUAGCACUGGAGCAUGUGAACAUAAUGACUUGUGUAGACUUCCAUGUGAGUCACAGCUGAGACAUUGCCCUGGAUCUUUAACUGGAACUAAAGCAGACAUAAAGCACCAAACAAACCUUGAAAACCAUUCUCAUUUUGGGAACCAUUCUGAUGCCCCUGUACCCAUGUUAUCUUCCACCAUGGUAACAGUUCUGGCUCCUCAGUGGAGUGGACUUCUUAGGCGGACCAAAAGGAAUGAUGGAACUGGAUAUUCAGAAGCUCAGGGAGAUUUGCAGGACGUUGUAAAUACUUCACCAGAUCACCAAGGGUUCCAGGGCACUUGGAACCAGCAUGGCGUAAAGAAUGUGUUGACAGAUGGGUCAAACAUUCCAAGGAGAGUCCCGUUACUGGGCACCAGAAGUAAUACAGCAGGCUGGUCGAGUAAAAGUGAUCCUUCAAGCUUGGAUUUUAAUACUAAAAAGGACAUGAUUCAGACUGUUUCUUUAGAUUCAGGGGCUUUAAGCCCUUCAGCCACUUCACAAAUGUCCUGGUCUCCCCUCGCCCUUAACUCUAAUGAACAAAGGAAUCCCCAAAUGGACCUCCAAGGUCGACAACCUUCUCUUAGCUCAAAACCAACAACAAGCAGUCUUCUUCUAUCUUUUAGAAGAUUCAACUCUAACAACACAAACUCCAGUCAAAUUCCUGACCUCCCUGAGGUAAAGCCAUUAUCCCAGAGCAGUUCUCUCCAUAAUCACAGACCAAAGCCCAUCCUCUCUCCUUCAUCUAUUUCUUACAGGACAGCUGAAACUGGACCAGUCCUUUCUCCAGUAUGUUCCAAUCAUAGAGAGAGAAACAUGUCUGACAAGUUUUUAUUUUUAACUUCACCAACAAACAUAAAAAUGAAAGACAAUUCCUUUACCCAACAGUCUCAGCCAGUACAAAUGACCCAGACUAGUUUUUCAUCUUCCAAACCUAAGUUGCAGGGUAAGGGUCCUCUAGACAGGCAACAGAAUUGUGAGAAUUCAGAUAAUACAAACCCAUUCUCAGAGAGCGACAUUUCUCCUACCAGAUAUUUUCAGUAUGAUCACUCUGCACCUUUAAAAACACACACUCUUCCUAAGCGAACCAAUCUGAAAUCAACUUCCUGGUGGAAACAAGUUUCUCAAGAAAGCAGUUCUCCCAUUGUGAAAAAUGCAAACAACAAUGACUACCAAAAGCCAGACUCUCCAAGUCUGACAGACAACAAAAGAUUGAGUACUUAUAUGUCCAGUUACAGUGACAACAACAACACACCAGAGUUAGUUUGGAAAGAAAACAUGAACCUCUCUUUAAAGACUCUGUCACCUGAAUCAGAAAAGGCUGCCAACCAGCAGCAUGGCUUAAAUCUAGACAACAGAGAAUCACAAAGGCCUCAGAGUAUGCCUGAUUGUUGUUCUGCUUUAAAACUUGGCACAGUUUCAGCACAAACAACAACAAGGCACACCAAUGUUCCAGACAAGGAUGAUGAAAGAAAGACUUUGUUUACAGCACAUGUACCUGCACCUACUUUGUUUACUCCCAUGACCUCAAAUCCACCUGCAGAUCACUUUGGUAAAUACAGUGGCUCUCCACCCAAAACCACCACUGCUCCUACAUCUCAAAACAACAUGGAUACACAAAAGUUGACCAAACUCCCUCUUUUUCAUGAUUAUACCACCACUCCCAGCAGUCAACCUCAUGCUUUUUUAGCUAUGUCUGACCACUCCUCUGGCCCAAACACAAAAAACACAUUUUCAUUCCAGUCUCAUCAAGUUUCUUCUAACACCAAUGUUCACUCUUCUUCAGCAUCAACAUCAAAAUGUACCAGUAAAUCCAAUGUCACACCUCUUGGCUUUAAAAGAGGUUAUGUCUGCCUUCCUAAACCUUUCCACUCUAAACCUGUGACCAGCCUUAUUCCAACUGUAAACACUUUCAACAAAACAAGAUGCAGCUCCUUAUCAACCACUCCCACCACAUCUUCUGCUACCCCUCCUCGUAGCCCGUCCACCCUAAGCCCUCCGGUCGUUCCAGCCAUUACAUCGCCCACCUCUAUAACUGCCUCUUCUCUCCUAACACCCCCUGCAACUCCUGUAAUUUCUAGUCCCACCUCAGAACCUACUCUUCCCAAGUUAAAAAGUAUAGUUUACAACAGUCUAGAAAGAAAACCAAAAAAACACGGAAAGAGAGACAGGCGAGUAACAUGGCACGACUCGGUGGAUGGACACUGUUCAGAUUCAGUUAGUGUGGAGAGGCCAGAUCCUUCCCAGGUCCAAGCAAACUCUCCAGCUUCCACAAAACUCUCCCUAGGCUCCUCUUCUAUCUUCUCAUAUCAAUGUUCAGGUAGUCCAGAAGGGGGUGGAUCUCCCGUUUGUGCCCCUGACCACAAGACUUUCAAUAUACAGGAGGGAAAAGGAGGGAAAUAUCGCUCCUUCUCAUCCGACUGUGCUGAGAUAGUUACCAGAGAGUAUGACAAAAUCAAGCACGCAGUUGGUGAUACCAUUAUCUCUGACCAGGGCAAACACUGCCCAAGUACAACCAGGCAGGAACGUGGGCUGUCAGUGGAGUCUGGCACAGUUCAGUGUUGUUACUCCACUCCCCUAUCCCUCCCUCUUGACUUCCCAAGUGGUUAUAAACACCGCUAUAGCACUCCACCUUACUCUACACUUAUGUCUACCAGGCAGACACAGGGAGAGUCGAAGACCUCACCACAGACCACCCAACCCUCUCUGUCAACUCAUACACCACAGCCCUCAUCAAAUGCUGACCAGUAUGUGUCCAAGUGUAAACCUCCUUUGUCGCCAGUCAGGCCAUCCCAGAUAUUUUCAAUUCCCAUUCUAAGUGGAACUGCCCAGCAAGGGAGCUCAAAAGGCAAUCUUUCAGACACUGGUGGGGUCAACCGUAAUACCCUUCAGGACCACACCCAGGAUCAACCAAAUAGCCAGAUUCAGCUUCUUGACAACAGGAUUCAUAUCACCUCACAGUCUCUAAAAGAAGAUGAGAAACAUACCUUUUCUUCAACCUAUGUAACAGAAACACUGGUGUACAGAAUCAAAUCUAAAGCAGACACAGCUACAGAAGCCCUAAAGAACACCAAACCUACAUCUUCACAACACAACACAAACACUUUUGUUUCUGUGGAGACCAAGUUUAAUCAACAGCCACAUUCAGCGCAGAGCAAGGCAGCAGUUGAACAGUCGUGCAGGCUUUCUGAUCAGAUCCCCACUGAUGGCAGACCAACAAAGAGUGAACCUAGUCUCGAUGAACCCAAUAACACAAGCAUGAAGGAGAGUGUGCUGAGCAAAAAUAGGUUUUGUUCAGUUGAGGUUAAUAAUGAACAAAGUCCUAAGAAAAGCCGAUUUGGUAUAAAGAGAAGCAUAAGCACACCAAGCUCAAGUUUAUCAAGGUCAGAAUCAGAGAGGGUCACCAAGAGUUACAACAAAAUGGACCAAAUGUUCAACAAACUGAAGCAAAAAUUUAACUCCAGACGAACCGAGGAUGAUUUGUCCUUCCCGUGGAAGUGGAAGCGAACUUCCCAAACACCUUCUAUCAGUGGAUCAAGUGACAAAAGCAGUGUCAGCGAUGUCAGCGCAGACAGUACCAAAACUCUGGAGGACCGAACACAGGAGAAAGAGAUGGCGCUGAAAGACAAUGCAAUGAAAACAGAGGACACAAAAAGACAAAUUGACAAUAGAUACAUUCUAAUACCAGCAUUGUCUGUUGGAGAAACAAAGGCAGAUAAUGAUUUGUCUAUUUGGUCAGAAAGUGCUGUUCAAGAAACUGACCCAAAUUAUUGUGCUGCACAGCAAAGUAAACUGACAGUCCAUGGACCGGUUGAACAGUUUGACCUGUAUGCAAACAGUGGGACAAAGCGUACAGCUACAAGCCUCUCCUGUUCAGAUCAUAGUGUUGAUGGGAACCUCAGUCCUAAUGCGGCUUAUCCAAGUCAGUGCAAGAAGUCUACACCCAGCCCCAGGAGUCCCUUCUCACCGUUUUCCUCUCUUUCACCUGUUUCACCAUUUUCCACUGCAGAAAUGUCUGAUGACAACGUAUUCUACAGCCCAAAGCUUCAGCGCCGCAGGGAAUCCUUGUCUCCAUUCGAGCCCGGAGAAGGAAUCAGAUUAGGAGUCUCAAGAAGGAGCCGGGCAUCUACUGGUCCUCCCACUCCAAGCCCAGGAAAGGAGAAGGAACCUUUUACGUCCUCGUAUGCAGAUUUAAAGUAUGGCAUUGAACCAGGCAGAUCGUUUUCUGUCAGCUCCGUGCUUUCCAGUCGACCUCCACGGCCUGGACGGAUUUCUACUGGAACCAGAUUCAUGAGCGUGGGUGAUCUUUCCCAGCCUGCUCUGUCUUGUGCAAGUAAUAGCAGUGAGUUGCAUCGGUGGUCCAUUACACCUGCUGAGGUGGGACAGUUUUAUACCCAGCCUGAUCAUGAUUCUCACAUGUCGCAUUUCCCCUAUGAUGAAGGGAGGCGAUCCAGAUCUCUUCCUCGAUCAUUGACUCAGUGCUUGGCAAAGUGGAGCUCAGGAGUGCCCCCUUCUCAGUCUAGCACUGGGACUCCCUCAAAGCCAGGUCUUAUUCGAAGACCCAGCAUAAACAUCUGUCACUUUUCGUGGGAUACAGAGGGUCCACUGACGCCUCCUCCAACACCUCCCCUCUCACCAGUAAUCAGACGCAUGUCCAAACCUCCCAGUCUCCCCUCUCCCACCUUUCCCAGCUCACCAGAGGCAGUGCAACAAGCAGACAGCCAGUCUUCCAGAGCGCAUCGACCCUCCAGGGACUAUGUGUCCAGCCUGGACACUUUCGAGGAAUCCUCAGACAGCAGCUCUGACACAACAACAGAUGAUGAAUAUUACAUAGACUCAGAGGAGGAUGGAGGAAAGGAGACAGAGCUGUGAAAGGAGUCCAGACAAGAACAAGAAUCAUGAAACUUGUUGAAAAGAGACUGGCAAGUCUUUUCAUUUUGUUUUUUAUAAUGAAUCUUUCUCCUGUUUUUGUUUAUUCUAUAACAAAAAAGACACGAGGGUAGCUGGGAAAAAGAGGCACUCUGCUUGAUCUGCUUCUUCAAACUUGUGUUUGCAGUCAUGGUAGGAAGGCGGGAUCCUGCAUGAGCAAGCCUGACUUAAUCAGCAUAGUUUAGAUACAAUGUACAUACAGUAUAUUGUAUUUGAAUGCAGCUCUGCAAGUUAGAAAUCCCAAAUAAUGAUUGAUUUUAACAUUUAUAGUGUUGUGGCAUGGUUGAGGUGUCCGGUACUUGUAAGUAUACAUGUGGUUAUUUUAAAAGAACAAAGCACUUUGUAAGGUUUGGCUUUUGGCACAAACUCUGUCUUCAGCUUUGCAUUUCAUUCUGCAAGUUGACAGCAAGUACAAAAGUUAUGUAUAUAAUAUGCUGUCAUAUGAGGUUUCAAGAUCUAUUGUGUUUAUCAUUGAAGGGAGUAGAAUCUGAAAUGUCUGUAAAUAUGAGAAUUGUCCACUGGAGUUUAUUUCAUUAAUAUCUUCCGUCUAACAUUCUGCUCUUAUUUGCACAAUGACAAUCCUAAAUCCUAAUAUGUCUGUUUUAUAAAUAAAUUUGACUUUUCUAACAAAG